GAUGCCCAAGGAUGAGCCAGCACAGCUGAAAGCGACUGCGAGGCCCUGGUCCUCACCCCCAGGGCCCGGGGGCCUAGCGCGCUGAACCCCUGACUGCUGCUGCCCGCGAGCCUCACGGCUGCCCAACGGUCUCUGACCUUGGCCGUGCUUCCAGCGCCCCGCCCAGCGAUGUUCCUCCUCGUUGCCCUGCUUGCUGAGCUUGGAGGGCUACACGCCCUCCAGGAUUCUGAGGGAAUAUUCCUGUAUGUCACAGUUCCACAGAAGAUGAGGUCGAAUGAGAGUGAAGAUUCAGAGAAGCAGGUGACUUAUAUCAUUACAAUUGAUAAAAAACCAUACACUCUGCAUCUCAGGAAACACUCAUUCGUAUCCCAGAACUUUUUGGUUUAUACAUAUAACGAAACUGGAUCUUUGCAUUCUGAGUCUUCAUAUUUUAAGAUGCAUUGCCAUUACCAAGGAUACGUUGCAGAUUUUCCAAAUUCAGUCGUGACACUCAGCAUCUAUUCUGGACUCAGGGGAUUUCUUCAGUUUGAAAAUAUCAGCUAUGGAAUUGAGCCAUUGGAAUCUUCAGCAAGGUUCGAGCACAUAAUUUAUCAAGUGAAAAAUGACAAUCCAGAUAUGCCAAUGUUAGCAGAAAAUUACAGCAAUAUUUGGCAGAAAGACGAGCCCUAUAAAAUCCAUUUAAACUCACAGGAAAAAACUCUUUCAGAACUAUUACCCCAGUAUCUAGAAAUGCACAUUAUAGUGGAAAAAGCUUUGCAUGAUUAUAUGGGAUCAGAAACGAUGGCUGUAAUGCAGAAAAUUAUUCAGCUUAUUGGCCUUGUCAACACAAUGUUUAGUCAGUUCAAAUUGACUGUGAUACUAUCCUCCUUGGAAUUGUGGUCAGAUAAAAACCAAAUUUCUACUAAUGGGGAUGCUGAUGAUUUAUUACAAAGAUUUUUGACAUGGAAACAGGACUAUCUUAUCCUACGGCCCCAUGACGUAACAUUCUUACUUAUUUACAGGAAACAGCCUAAAUAUGUGGGAGCAACAUUUCCUGGCACAAUAUGCAAUAAAAGCUGUGAUGCAGGUAUUGCUAUGUAUCCAGGUACAAUAACAUUGGAGGGAUUUUCCGUUAUUAUAGCUCAACUGCUUGGCCUUAAAAUAGGAUUAACAUAUGAUGACAUCCAUAAAUGUUCCUGUCCAAGUGCUAUGUGCAUAAUGAAUCAUGAAGCAGUGGUUUCCAGUGGUAUAAAGAUGUUUAGCAACUGCAGCAUGCGUGACUACAGAUAUUUUGUUUCAACAUUUGAGGGUCAGUGUCUUCAGAACUUUUCAAAACUGAAACCAUUAUAUCAAAAUCAGUCGGUGUGUGGUAAUGGGAUUUUGGAACCUCAGGAAGAAUGUGACUGUGACAGUGAACAGAUAUCAGUAGCAGGCACUCCCUGUAGAAAAAGUGUUGAUCAAGAGUGUGAUUUUACCGAGUAUUGCAAUGGGACUUCCAGUAGUUGCAUUCCUGACACGUAUGCAAUGAACGGCCAAUUGUGCAGGUUGGGAACUGCGUACUGUUACAAUGGACGAUGCCAAACUACCGAUAACCAGUGUGCCAAGAUAUUUGGAAAAGGUGCUCAAGGUGCUCCAUUUGCCUGUUUUGAAGAAGUUAAUUCUCUGCGUAAUAGUCUUGGAAACUGUGGUUUUAAAAACUCCCAACCAUUACCUUGUGAACAGAAGGAUGUUCUUUGUGGAAAAUUGGCUUGUGUUUGGCCACAUAAUAAUACUUACAAAAGUGAUGUUCGCUCUGCAGUUUAUUCAUCUACUCAAGGACAUGUAUGCAUAACUAUUGGGUCAUCAGUGAGAUCAGGUGGAAGAGAUUAUGCCUAUGUGGCUGAUGGCACUGUGUGUGGUUCACAAAUGUAUUGUAUAAAUAAAACCUGCAAAGAAGUUCCUUUAAUGGGGUAUAAUUGUAAUGCCACUACAAAAUGCAGAGGAAAUGGGAUAUGUAAUAAUUUAGGCAAUUGUCAUUGCUUUCCUGGGUAUAGGCCUCCAGAUUGUGAAUUACAAAUUGGUUCACCGGGAGGAAGUAUUGAUGAUGGAAAUGAUCAUAAAUCUGUUACAAUUUUUACUAAAAAAGGCUACAAUGCACAUCAGAACUGGUUUAUAUUGAGUUUCUACAUUGUUCUGCCCUUUUUCAUAAUUUUCACCAUUAUGAUCAUGAAGCGAAAUGAAAUGAGAAAAUCAUGCAACAAAGAGAGUGCAGAAUAUGAGGGUCAUUCAGCCAUUGUACCAGAGAGUUAUGACGUGGACUAUUAAUAUUGCCAAGAACUUCAUCAUCAAGUGGGCUACAUGCAGAAGAGAAGGUGUUUUGUAACCCUAUGAUACCAC